AUGUCAAAAAAAGCCAAACAGAACCAAAUAAAAGUUAACAAAAAAAAUACUAUAAUCAUUGGAAGAAUAAGAAAAGCCAGAAAAUUGCUACAAAGACCACAAGAAAAGCCAAAAGAUCUACAUAAUCAACAAAAAAAGACUG